AUGUCUCGAACGGCAAUGUCGUCCCGAGGCGCCACUCUCGUCGCCGAAGACGAGGAAGAAAACGGCAUUUACGCCAAUGGCAGAGGAGUCGCAGGAUGCUCGUGCUGUGGUGUGAAUCCUUCAUCACUGCUUAAGCCCGUUGACCUCUCCGACAGGCCUGACACCAGUCUCCUUGACGAGGACGAAAACGCGUUCUGUCUCUGGCCGCUUUUCGGUCCUUUACUAUUCGAAAAUGAAAGCAGUGACUGUAGAGAUCACUGCGCUAAUGAGAGAACGUUCCUCUCCUUCCUGCGUUUAUCGAUUUACAUGGCCAUCGUUUCCGUCGCCAUAGUUCUCUCGUUCCACCUUCGCAAGGCAGCUAGCCCUCUAGAGUUGCGUAUGGCGAAGCCAUUGGGUAUCAUAUUCUGGGGACUAUCUGUCUCUUGCCUUGCUGUCGGAGUUGCCAAUUAUAUCCAAACCGUGAACAAGUUCAGUCGUAGGGCGGCAAUUGUACAGACGGGUUGGAGAACACAAAUUAUCAUGGGCAUUAUAGCACUGUCUAUAGUUGGGGCAUGUUUCACGCUUUUAGUUGUGAAUAAGUAUGGGGAACAAGCUGAGGAGUAG